AUGGCUGACAAUUACGAUGCUACUUUCGAUAAUCUUGUGUUUGACGAAGAUUUAGAACACAUCCUUGAAGAGAUAUUUGAUGAAGCCCAACUAACUGUUUGCGAGGACGACAAUGGCCUUAACGGUGGGCAUAAUGAUGACAACAAUCUUGUAAUAAUAACUGCAGAGGAUGUGCAGCGGGGGGUUGCGGAGGGACCCGAGUUACGUAACGAACCAGCCAACGUCACAACGGCCGCCCCCUCCCACACGGAGUGUUCCGAUGAACAACUUCACACGCCUACCAUCCGUGCAAACGCUCGCACGGACGUAAUCGAACCCCCCACGCAGCGAAUGUAUGGUUGCGGACAGGCCGUAAAACGCGCGAGGCUGCCCGAACAGGAAACGAACGACUCGCCGUCCGCCAGCCGUUUAAGGACUUCAGAGAACAACGAACAAGCUCAUGACCAACGAGGGCUAACAGCUUGGUCUGAUUCGCUGGUCCACGCAUGGGAUCAGGUAUCCUUCACUGAUACGGAGAGUGAGGAAGAAGAAGAGGAGGAGGUGGAGGAGGUUGCGGAAUUACUACAUGAAAUACCUCGGGAGCUGUUUAGCGAUCGCGAUUUAAAUAGAAGGCUUGAUCGCGAAGCGUUGAACCGUGUUAAUCGUUACUUUGAAAGACUUUUUGAUCUGGCCGGACAACCGUUGACUUACCGGCAAAUUGAAGAAAUUGCAGCUAACGCGCAAGGUGACGUUAUUUCGAUUUUAAGAAAUGUCAUAUCCUGUCAACAACAACACACCGAAGCCUUACGACAUGCAGCGGAGUUUUGGAGAAAUUGUCACGAAGAGUUAUAUAACGAAUUCACGCAAUUUCGCCAGAGUAUGAUCGGAGUACCGGAGGAAAUCCGGGAAAACCGGACCAAGCAGAGAUUGGCGGUAAAUGCAUUAUCUUUGAUGUCCGAGCAUUUGAAUCUGCUACAGAGAAUGUUGGUAGAUUUGCAUGAACGUAUGAUAUCCAGGAGAUAA